AGUGUGGGUGCAUGAAUUAUAUAUCUACCUUUAGUCAACUAAAAGUAUGGCAAGCCAUCCAACAACUGUAUCACCCACAGGAAAAAAACUGAUUCAAGGUAAUGGUGGUUUGCGUAUGAUCAAUAUUAUUGACGAAGAACGAUCUGCAUUCGAUAUUGAUGAAUGCCAAUGGCAAAAUGAUGGUGAACAUCUGAUUUGCAACAGAUGUGGGGCAAAGUUUUCAUUUUCAACACGUAGGCAUCACUGUCGAAGAUGUGGAAAAAUCUUUUGUGGUUCAUGUUGUAAAGAAAAAGUGGUGCUUCCCAGACUUGGAUUUGUUGACCCGCAACGUGUAUGCAUGGAUUGCAUAUCAACUGCAAAAAAAGAAAUGGAUCUUUAUGAAAAGUAUAUACCCAUAUUAAUUAGAGGAGCAGACUUUGAAAUAAACAACGCAAAAGGGGACAUUGCUCGUUGUAAGUUAAAUUCUCGUACCAACAGGGACUUGUUGUUCAGUAAUCUAAAGGACACUAAUGAUGUUCCAUAUGAACCAGUGGAGCUGCAGCAUGUUGUUUCUUUCCAAUGUUUAACUGAUCCUCUAAAACAGACUCAACAAGGAACUAGCCAUCUAGUCGGUGCCAUCUUAAACUACUUGUCAGAAGGAGAGUGUAAAGAGUUGAAGUUGAGUGUUGCCAAUAAUUUGGACAAUCGAAAGGAAUCUCUUAAUUUUUUGCUCACGCUACAAAAGGCAAUGAAGAUGAUUUUCGAUUCAAGUUAAAGAGAAUUUCGAAUUAGAUAGUCAAAUCGAUUUUAUGAAGUUGAAUAGAAUUUAUCAAAACGCUUGUUGAGCUCUUUGCUUCGCACAUGGAACAUGGAAUUGUGAAUGUGAAUGAAUUUGCUGAUUGGUGAAUCAAGGUACAUGCACUAUAUCAAUCAAUCAAAGGAAGGCAUUUUUUGCGAUAUUUUCAUUUUACUGACGGAAAAAAUAAAUAUAUUCGCGGGAUUAAAAUUGUUCGGACUGAAAAUAACUAGAAACUGCGGUCUUUUCAAGAGUUUUCUCCUUUUAAAAUUUUCUUCUUGUGAGAUUUCGUAGUUCUAUAAAUUGUUGAGCUAAAGCUUUUUAAUUUGUGACGAUAGUAAAAAUCUGUUUUUGUUGCCAUUCACUAUAAUUUAGUUUUUGUAUUAAAAUUGUAUAAAAAGGGGUCUCGUGUAAAUCAUUUUCAUUAAACUGUAGGAAUUCCAUUUUUCCUGGGCUGCGUUGCGUUUUCCAAAAAGUUACGGGUGACGCCCUAAAAUGUAUGAUGCAUAUUUUGAAAUUUUUUCAUUGCAAUUAUACUGAGUUUGAAAACCAAUUUACACUAUUUUUAUAAUUCCAAUGAACUUUUAAACGUAUUGGCUGCACCUAUUCUCCUUUGCUGCACAUAGCCAUUUAGUUUUAAGACAGAGACAAAUAUACGAACUAAUACAAAGUUAGAUGUAGUUAAAGAAAUUUUAGGUUUUAGGUGCUCUGAAGUUUCCUCUGAAUAAGAGGGUGGGGUAACCGGUAACCGAGCUAAAUAAGUUGUAGUUAUAAGAUUUUUUGUAUUAAUGUUUUUCACGAUUACUUUAUGUAUAUAUGCGCUGCUGUAUUAAUAUAUACGAUGUUUUAUACAAUGAGAUGUUUUUUAGCAGAAUGUUACGUUAUUAGAUGAGUGAUAAUUUUGACUUUGUUGUAUAAGACUACCUUGUUUCCACUUCUCUAGAGAUUCUUGUCUUUUAGCAGAAUGAAAUACUAUUGUCUCUUUGCGUCCCGUUAAAUAAAACUACAAGGGGCUGGACGAGGUUGAUGAUUUAAAACCAAGUUUUCUCGGCAUUAUCUUUGAAUAAGGGAAGUUUAAAAAAAGUGAUUUUUCAUGGUUAAAAUCGGCAUGAUUGAAACGUCUAGUAACAACGAACUCUAAAAUUUCAAUGAUUGUCUAGGUUCAGAAUAAGUGGGAAAAAAAGCGUAGAUUUUACGUAAAAAUUUAGUAUUUUCUAUAAAUAUGAAACUUUAUUACAUAAUGGUUAAUAUUCGUCUGUUGUAAAUAAAUUUAAUUUCCAAUACAGCUUUCCAGAAUUCGUUUGACCCGAUACACUUUCAAAUGAUUUUCCUUUUCGUUUUCGCUCAGUCGAAUUGAGAUGGCAAUUUAUAUAUAAUUAGAAUCUAAGUUCAAGUAUGUUUGCCAGUACAAGCCAGUGGUUAAAAACAGGAAUUCUGGAAAGGCGUAGAAUAAUUAAUUAAAUAAAUUUUUAAACAUUUCUUUUUAA